CUGGAAGAGGCCGAGAAAGAGUCUCAGUCAUGUGCAAUCUCACAUGCCCAACACUCAACGCUUACAAAAGGCCUCUCCGCUUCUAUGCAUGCUGAAGACUUAAGGAGAUCUGACACUGAAGCACAUUAACUCUAGGUACUCUUUGCAGAUGUUCGUUGCCUCGUAUUCGAAAACCUCCGGCUCCCCGGCAUCGCUCUCCCCCGCUCUCUCUCAACAUGGGCAUGCGCAUGGCAAUUGACACAGCUUCGUCCUCACGCUCAGACUUAUGACUACAGCAUUGGUCGACCUGUCCUCAAACUCCGGAGCCUGAGCGGCUGCUUCUUUGCAGUCGAGAGUUUCAUGAAUGGCUGAAUCCAUCGAGGACAAUGGCGCUGGUCCCGCAACACCCGAAUCCCUCCUCCCCUGCGAUGCAUGUCGGAAACGCAAAGUGAAAUGCUCCAAGACUGAGCCUUGCGAGAGAUGCAUCUCGGCCGGUCUGAGGUGCACAAGAGACAUUGCGCGAAAGAAGAGGGGCCCAAAGAAAGGAUCAGGAUCGGUCAUAGCAAAGCUCAGAGAUGAGAGUCAGCAGCAGACGCAGCAAGAUACAACAGUACCGCCGUUCGAUUUCUCCCAGAUGCAGAUGCAAAUCCCAGCGCUGAAUCGGACAUGGAGCAACGACAGCCCUUUGGGAUCGCAAUUGGCUUCGCCAUUGUCAUCACCUUCCAGCUCGCACUUUGGCGACGUCUUUGCUCCUCCCUCGGACCCCAACAAUGUCCCUCGAUCUGUGCCUACAAUACAGAAUGGCACAGCGUUUGAGCCAACCUCGCACACAGCCUUUACGCAAGCAGGCAUACAGUUUCCAGCAUCGUGGCAGAUGCCACCUUCCGAGCUGCUACAGUUCCAAGCACCCAUCUCUCCGACAGGCUACAUGACCGUCAGCGACCUGGCCCAGCAAAUAUUUCCAGAAACAUUCAUCCCCGGUGAAGCCGUGCAGCAACAUGCCCGUUCGAACCACAGCCAGCAUUCACCGUCACGAACAUCCACUCCUCUCACCAAACUGACCUCCCUCGACGCCAUGUUGAGUAGCGCUAACGGCGCCCACUCUCCAGCGACGACAGCAUCAUCACCGAUGCCGUCCCUGGGCCCAAAGUUCCUUUAUCGAAGCGAUUCUCAUUCAUCGCCCAUCGAACCACAGAUUCAACAACUCGCCAACGAAUUUGGCCUCUCCGCCCUCCUCAUGUCCCAAUGCAUCCGCCAAUACUUCCGACACCUAUACUCUAUCCGGCCCAUCAUCCACGAACAGAGUCUAUUAGCACGUUUGCGGUCUGCAGAGACGCUCAACCUCGAAGAAAAGGUCCUCAUUGUCUCUCUCUGCGCCACCACAGUCCUUCAUGCCGCUCCGCAGUCCGACCUUCCCCUGGACAAGAAGCACGCUCUUGGCCUCCAAUUCGUCCAACUAUGCCUAUAUCUCCGCCAAUGCGCCGCUCCCGACUGGGCCGAGAACACCACACUCCUCUCCAUUCAAGCAUCAUAUCAUAUUGCUGUGGCUCUCUUCGAACUCCACCGACCCAAGGCUCAUGCCUUCUACCUCCGCGAAGCCAUCGGCAUGGCCCUCGAACAAGGUCUCCACCGUGAAUCUACAUACACCUCCCUCUCCGAUGUCAAUGCAAUAUGCUCACGCCGCACCAUCGCAUUGCUAUUCAUCACCGAGCGCGGCCUCGCCAUCCUCCGCAACAAACCCACCCAAAUCACCCGCCUACCGAGCCUGCCGAACGAAUACUUUGACGAAACCGACGCCGUUGUCCUCGCGGGCUUCUCGGCCCUCGUGAAUCUCUUCUCCAUCCUCGACGAGAAGUUUGUUCGCCUAUGGUCCGGCGGUGGGGACACCGACACGGAAACGGAACCUCUCGACAACAUCGCAGGUCUCCAACACGCACUCAACGAGAUGUCCUUUGGCUCCUUUGCGAUGACAGACGUCCAAAAGGCAGAUGUGCUCAUUACGCACCAGUGGCUCCGGCUCAUCUUCUGGCAAGCCAGCAUGCGCCAAGGUCUGAUCAGCUAUACGUCCCCGGACCCGAUUUUCAGCUCGCGGUACCCCAUCACCAUCGCACAAGAUCUAUGCGCAUGCCUGGGCCUCGACGAAGCGGACACGGACGGUGCUUACGAUGCGAUCCUCGUGCACGGCAUGGGCAUCUUUGAGAAGCUUUUCGAGGUCACCUACACUCUCAUGGACAUGUUGACGCUGGCGAAUUGCCAGUGGAACGAGAGCCGUGAGUUGCGGUGCUUGUUUAAUGUGCUGAGCGCGAGCUCGAAUAGCCAGAGUACGUAUGUGAAGAUGUUGAGGACCAAGAUUGAGACCGAACGAAGCCCCGCGCAGAGUCCGACUCUUAGCUGAUACCAAUGAUAUUGACGUGGUUUAUUCAUAUAUUUAUGAGAUCAAAAGACGGUGGACGUGUCAUGACUUUUUCCCUGGAGUACAUAGUUAAAUAUCUUAUGGGGGCCGGAUCUUGAUAUUUGAUACCUAGGUGUAUAUAGGGUAGUAAGCCAACUCGGAUAAUGUCCAAUGCCAAUAUGAGAGCUGAGGGGGAAAUGAAGAUACGUGAGUUGAUAGCCAAACGGAAAGAGAUGAAAAGGAAAACGAAGAAAGAAAAAAGGAGAGAUACCCAUUUUGUAGUAUUCCUCUUUCUCUUUUUUGACUCCGUAGUAGUGUCUGAAUUGGAGCAGAAUUGAUUACAGAUACCAGGACGUUUCCG